AAAGUACAACACGAUUACGGGAAGAUGUUUGAGUGGUUGAAAAAAAGGUAGCGUGAAUACUUUACAUUUUGUUUACAACUUUUUGAUUCUAUAACUUUAAUAUAAAUGGAGGAACAAGUGGAUCAUAUUUUAGACAAAAUAAUUUCUGCUCCAGGAAAUGUAGGAUGUCUUUUGGCUAAUAAUCAAGGACUUUGUAUCGGAGCUCGAGGGAGUGCAAGUGGAAAAUCGGCAGGACUUCUUGUGGCAAUCUCCGAGCAAGCAUCCAAACUUGAUCCCAACUGCAACGCACCUGUAGUGUCUUUGGAUGCUGGUGAUAAGGUUUGUAUAAUAUAUAAAAAUGGCAUAACAGGAGCUGUAUAUAAACAAAAAUGAAAUAUGAAUAAUAAAGAUUUGAAAUGAAUAAAAUAAAUGAGUACCUAUCUUCACAUUGGUUUUGAAGUGAAU